CGCUGCUCGGUGUACUCCACUCUGGGGGAUAGAAUUCCGGAUUAUACCUACGUUUUUUUUCGGGACUGUGCAAUUGAUGAAAACUACAGGUUUUUCUUAAAAAAAUAAUUUGAAUCAUGAAAGUUACGAAGCACAAAAAGGCUCGUAAAUAUAUGAGCUUCUACAUCAACAAUUUCGGAUUUCGAGAACCGCUACUAGUGCUUGUCGAUGGAACCUUCUGCCAUGCUGCCUACAAGGCCCGCAUCCAAAUCGAAGAUCAGCUCAAAAAAUACUUCCAACGCGAACUGAAGCCUAUUGUCACGGCCUGCAUCAUCACCGAAACGGAAAACAUCGGCGGUCCGCUGGUUGCCGUUUGCCAGUUGCUGAAGAAGUUUCUCCUGCAUAAAUGUGGCCACGAAAAGCAACCGAUCGCGGGAUCGGCUUGCAUCAAGGCUAUGACUAAAACGUGCAACUACAUCGUGGCCACCCAGGAUCGGAACCUGCAGGAGUGGAUUCAAUCCCGGGCUGGUAUUCCGCUGUUCUAUCUGCACAACAAUGUGGUUUCCACUUUGGUGCAACCGUCGGAAGCUAGCGUUCGGGCUGCCGCCGAUAAGACACAGGCCAAGGUUCAGGUGCGCGCGGUAGAUGAAAAGACUCUGAACUCGUUGAAGAGGAAAGAGGGGCUACUGGUUGAAACCGAACCAAAACCUAAGAGGGCGAAGAAAAAGAAGCACCCCAAUCCUCUGUCCUGUAAGAAGUCUAAGAAGGUGAAGAAGGGAGAAUUGGUUCCCAGCGGGAAGCAGGAAGGAGUUCAGGAUCAUCCGAUCGAGAAGAAGAAACGGAAACGAGUCAAACUACCGAAACAUGUAAUUGAGCACUUGAAGGCGGGUGAAUAA